AUGUCUUAAAUUUAAAAUUGCACCUUUAGUUAAAAUAAAUUAGAAAAUUCUGCACUUAUUUAAAUAUAAAAUAUAGAUUUUGUUUAAUUUAAUUUAGCCAUAUUUAAUUUGAAUGCUUGCCUCAGCUGUGUGUUUUCACAAACUUGUAGCCAAAUUAAUGUAAUAAAAUCAGCUUUUAGCUAAAAUUUAUCUAAAGAUUCAGGAUCUUGCAUACUAUUAAAGAAUUUUCUAGUAUAAGGUGAUGAAAAUAGUAUAGUAGACAGUAUUUUUGAUAGUAAUUUUUCUUAAAAUAGUGGUGGUGCAAUAUAUUUAUAAAAUGUUGAUAUUGAAAUAUUGAAUAGCAUCUUUUCUAAUAAUAAAGCUAGUAUUGGAGGAGCAAUUAGAUAUCUUGACAUAAUACCUAGAUUUAUUCAUAAAAUCAUAAAAAGUGGAAAAGCUAAUUAAAAAAGUAGUAGCGAUAUUUAAUUCAUUAAUAAUGAAGCUUUUAUUUUUGGAAAUAAUAUUGGAUCAAUUCCAAAAUAUCUAACAUUCUAUAGGGAUAAUAACAUGAAGUUUAUUGAAGAUUUUUAGCUAGAAAAUAUAAGAAGUGGAGAUAUAAUAGAAAACAUAGAAAUUAGCCUAUUAGAUGAAGAAUAAAAUAUUGUUAACAUCAUUCCUCCACAUAACACUCAUUUUACUCAAAAGAUAUUAAAUGAAAUAAAAUUUUAUUAAAUUUAGCUUUUUUCAAACAAUUAAAAUGAAAUUGAUAUAAAAUAUAAUACUAUUUUUUCAUACUAAUAGAGUUCAAAUAAUACAUUUAAUAUAAGUGGUAUGAAAAUUCAAGGAAUGCCCAAGAAAUCUUCUUAAAUUCAAAUUAGUGCCCCUUUUUUGAGGCAGGAUACUAUGAAUAAUACCUACACAGUAGAUUGCUAGGCAGGAGAAUUUUUUUCUUAAAUAUCUUAAUAAAUAUACGAGUGCCAAUAAUGCAUAAAUAAUACUUAUUCUCUAAUUGAGCCAAAUCUUCAUUAAGCAAUAUAAUGUAAAUAAUGCUAAUUGGACAAAGCAGACAGCUGUUAUUUAAAUGUAAUAAAUGUCAAAAACGGAUUUUGGAGAUUAAGUUAACAUGAUGAUCAAAUAAUAGAGUGCUAAAAUCAACCUAAAAAUUGUGAAUGCCAGUCAACACUAAAAACGCAAUAGGAAUCUUAAUUUUGUUGUAUCAAAGGUUUCAUAGGACCUCUUUGUGAAAUUUGUGAUAAUUAUGGAGAGGUGUGGGGGGAAAGAUUUGGAUCUCUAGAUUGA